CCUCGCAUCGCAUGUUCAGUUGAAACUAAAACCACCGAUACCCUCUCCCGCCGCCGUCUUCUUCUUCCAAAAGCUUCACCCUGCAUACAAAAAUGUCGAAUGUCGACGAAAAUGAUCUCCAUGAAGAAAAUCAAGAAGGAGAAGAAGUGCAAGAACUUAGCUUCGAAGAGCUAGGAUUAGACCCUCGUCUAAUUCGUGCCCUCACGAAGAAAAACAUCGAAAAACCCACUCCAAUCCAGCAAACUGGAAUCCCACUAAUCCUCGAGGGGAAGGAUGUCGUCGCUCGAGCGAAGACUGGUUCCGGAAAAACAUUCGCUUACUUGCUUCCAUUGCUUCAGAAGCUCUUAUCCGAUAACAAUACUUCACCCUCAAAAGCCCUACCUCCCACAGCUAUGAUUCUUGUUCCCUCACGAGAACUCUGCCAACAAGUUUAUUCAGAGGUGUUAUCGCUAAUUGAGUUAUGCAGAGUGCAGCUGAAAGUAGUUCAGUUAACGGGUGAACCAAGUUUCUCAGAAAUGGCGACAGCAUUGUCAGGGCCUCCUCAUAUCUUUGUUUCUACUCCAGCUUGUGUCCAAAGAUGUCUUUCAUCAGGUGUUCUUCAAGCAAAAUCUGUUCAUGAUUCUCUUUCAAUUCUUAUUCUUGAUGAGGCAGAUCUUCUUUUUACAUAUGGAUAUGAAAAGAAUCUCAAAGAUCUCAAAACUCACAUUCCUAAAAAAUGUCAAUGCCUUCUCAUGUCUGCUACCUCAAGUGAUGAUGUUGAAAGUUUGAAGAAGCUUUAUCUACACAAUCCCUAUAUUCUUACUUUACCAGAAGUUGGUGAUGGAAAGGACGAAAUUGUCCCCAAAAAUGUUCAGCAAUUUUGGAUACAAUGCAGCUACCGAGAUAAGCUUCUUUACAUUCUUGCAAUUUUGAAGCUGGAUCUUGUUCAAAAGAAAGUUUUGAUAUUUACAAAUACAAUUGACACAAGUUUUAGAUUAAAACUUUAUCUUGAACAGUUUGGUAUAAAAUCUGCUGUGUUAAAUGCUGAAUUGCCUGUGAAUUCACGUCUACAUAUUCUUGAGGGAUUUAAUGCGGGACUUUUUGAUUAUUUGAUUGCAACUGAUGAUAGUGAUUCAAAAGAGAAGGAUCAAACUGAUGAAAAUAAGCAAAUUGUGAAGAAAAAAUUCAAGAAAAAUAAGAAAAGAAAGGUGGAUUUGGAAUUUGGUGUUGUUAGAGGCAUAGACUUCAAAAAUGUUCACACGGUGAUAAAUUUUGAUAUGCCUACAACUGCUGCUGGAUAUGUACAUCGAAUUGGGCGUACAGGAAGAGCGUAUAAUACGGGUCAAUCUGUCUCAAUUGUUUCCCCUGAAGAAAUGGAGAUAUUUGAAGAAAUUAGAUUGUUUUUGGGAGAAAAUGAAGAUAAAGACUUGACAUAUAUUGCUCCUUUUCCACUUCUUGAAAAGAAUGCUGUGGAGUUUCUUAGAUAUAGGGCUGAGGAUGUUGCAAGGAGUGUGACAAAAAUUGCUGUAAAAGAAGCAAGAGCACAAGAUCUACGCAAUGAAAUCCUAAAUUCAGAAAAAUUAAAAGCUCAUUUUCAAGAAAAUCCAAGGGAUUUAGAUCUUUUGAAACAUGAUAAACUUCUAAGCAAAAAACCACCUGCUCCUCACCUACGCGAUGUCCCUGAAUACCUGGUGGACCCCACAACCCUACAAGCUUCCAAAUUUGUUAAACUCACAAGAGCUGCUUUCGGAAGAAAUAACAACAAUGGAAGUAGUAGAGGGUUUAAGGGGGGGAGAGUUAAUAAAAAAGGCUGGAGAUCCUCUCAAGACUUUUUCUUCACAAGGUAAAGGGAUGAAGAGGAAAGCAAAAGCGAAGGAGUUUGGGCCAAAACAGAAAAAGAAGCAAGAUGUGUAAUGGGAAUUGUAAAGAUUGGUGUUGAAGCCACACAACAGUUUUGUAGCAUUAUUAAUCAUGAUUUUUUUGUUUUGAGGGAUAAUUUGUUUAUUACAAGAUAUGAGAUUUUAAACCAUGGUUUUGUUGUACAUUUCAUUUUACUUAU